CUAUUUUAAAAUCUUAGCUUAAACCUAAAACGCUAAUCUCAAAUCUCUCUUUCUCUCCGUCUCAAAUUCUUGAUAUAGCUGCUGAAUUCGCAAACCCUAGCUCACUCUCGCUCUCUCGAAUUCGAAAGCUAACUCCUUUGAUUCUCAAUAUCUCGGACUGACUGAUUCUCUUCCCCAGUCACCUCUUUUUCCUUGAAAAAAGUUCCCGCCACCGCCCAAACCGUAACCCUAAUCCGGAAAAGGAUGGAUCUUUUUGAUCGUCGACGCCGCCAUCCGGGGAGACUCCGGGACAGGGAACUCCCUGUUCUUGAUUUCCCCAUCACGCCGGCGAGCUCCACCGCGCCUUCGAGAUGGGGGCGCUAUCGGCAGAUUCUUGACGAUCUCUUUCUUAGCAUCAACGACGAUGGCGGCAAUGCCGCCAACAAGCAGAGGAAAAGAUGUCGCAGAGAGAAAGAACCAGUGGAAAGUAUCAUCAGUGCCUGUCAGAUUCUCGAUGCGGCUGGUCUCCAGGACGGCGAUCAUCUAAACCUCCUCGAUUGGAGCCCUAGCCGCAACCUGGCGAUCGUCCUCGACGACGUCGUGCACUCUCUGAACCCUGGCACCUCCGCUCAUGAGAUCGUCUUCGACUACAUGGGCAGUUCAAUUUCGAGCCUCAGCUGGGCUCCCGACGGCCGCCACCUCGCCGUUGGAAUGCACGAUUCGCUGAUUUACAUAUGGGACGUCGAACGAAAGUGCCCGACGAGGACUUUGAGAAAUGUGCACUGGAGAUCAUCUCGAGUCGGGUCUCUGGCUUGGAAAUGUGACAACAUACUGACCUCAGGAGGCUCAGACGGCAGAGUUGUCAACAGCGAUCCCAGGAUGCCGUCUGCAGCCCACGUUGUUCAAAGCUACCGAGGACACGGGCCCGGCGACAUUUGCGGGCUCAAAUGGUCACCUGAUCACGCAAGCUUCAAGCAACUAGCGAGCGGAGGCAGCGACGGCCUGGUUCAUGUAUGGGAUGCUCGCAAUCAGAAUCAGUGGGCUUUUCGUUUCAAGGUUGCUGCUAGAGAUGCUUCUGUCAGGGCCCUUGACUGGUGCCCUUUCAAGGGUUGCUUGCUGGCCACAGGGGGAGGUGUUGGAGGGGACGGCAAGAGCAACGGAUCGAUCAGGUUCUGGAGCACGCAAACCGGUGCUUGUGUGAGGUCGGUGAAGACCGGCAGCACCCGAGUCUGUGCUCUGAUGUGGAGCAAGAACAGCGAGCAGUUUUUGAGCUCGUGCAGCGGUACCGAUCAGGAUCACAUGACUCUCUGGGACUACCCAUCCUGUGUUAGGACAGGAGAGCUUGUGGGUCACGUCGCCCCAUACUUAGCUUUGAGCCCAGAUGGCACCACGGUUGCAUCGGCUUCAGGGGGCAUCGACUCAACGCUGAGAUUGUGGAACAUUUUCCCCCCAGUUCCCAAGCCCACAGUGCCCUUCAGCGGUUCGUAUCAUGCUCACAUCAGGAUUGUAUCUUACUGAGGGGUUCGUGUGAGUUCAUUUCUGCUCUCAUUAUUACUAUUUCUUGCAAGCUAAUUACUAAUUUGUAGAAGUUGUGAGCAAGUUUCCAGUAUUUGCGGAGGCUCUUGUGUCUGUCGCCUUGAAUUUCCGUCCUCCGUGUUUACUUAUUUUUUUUAAUCAAUUGAGUAUGAUUGUAAAUUUAUAAUGCGACUUAGUGUAAUUGAAAGUUCUUUUUUUAAGGAUGUAAUAAAAAUUCACUUCCGAGUUCCAUGGUUUA